AUGAAGUCUAAGGUACAAGGCAAACCACCGGGCUUUGGGGCACAUGGUGUGAGCCUGCGCAUGGCCUUCCUGGGCAAAACCACGGAAGUGUUCAAGGCCUUGAACGUGGCCAGCGCCUCCUGGUUCGAGGUCCGGGAUAACGUGGAGGUUAUGGAACAACUGUCGGAGGCGUCAGGUCUUGGCUCAAGCGACUGGGAGGACGCCGCUGGGACUGACUGUGUAUCCGAGAAUACAUCUGGUUGUGAAUCGAGCUGCCCAGGAGUCGAGGCCUUGACGGGGGAGCUUGAGGCGUUGUCUCUAGGACCAGGCCCGAGCGCCGGGUGGAAACCGGACUUAGGUCCCAUUGACCGAGCUGUCAGAUCGUUGGGAGAAGCAUCUGAACCCAGCGAGCUUGUGGGGGACUUGGCAGCGCGGUUUGCCAGCAUGGUUCUACAGAGAUGUGCACCGUUUCCUGGUGACGAUGGCUCCGAGCCAAGGGAAGGCCGCUUCCUAGUAUACCGAGUGCAGGGAACAAACUAUCACUGUAUUCUGGACAGCGGUACGCCAUUGAACAUUUUAGAAGGUGACGAACUCAUACCGUCCGCUUGUCUAGAAGAUGCAAGCUUCGAACUGGGAUGGCACUGGGCCCAGAAAUGCUAUCUGGCCCAGGGGAUACACCUGGACGCCCCUGAUAUGCCCUUGCCUGAUAGAUACUUCUGUGAGUUGGGUGAAUCGAUCUUAGCCAUGGCACUCAUCAUGCUGCAGACGUACGAGUCCGAUCAGCCAAAUGAGGAAGCGAAUGACAAGGACACGUCUCUUUUUGAAGGGCGUGAAGGUAUGGCAGGCAUGAUAGCCAUCCGGCGGAGAGGAGGUCCGGAGUAUGCAUUGAUAGCACAAAACACUUUGAAAGACUGUAGGUUUCAUCUACGUGACUGGUACAUGCGAAAUCUGGGAAAUUGGCUGGCCGAAGGCAACAUAUUUCAUGAGGAUGCUCCAGGUGACCUUCCUGCUUUGAUUGAGGAAAGCGAAUCGGAAGACGAGGCAGAGGAGGCUGACCAGGAGUCAGACGGCGUCUGGGACAAUGUGGCUCAGGAGAUGGGCUGUGUCCUUGAAUCUUGCCCUGACAAGCACCAUCAGUCAGCAGAGGCCUCAAAUCGGAAGGCACCAUCGCACGCACCAGAGUGGGCGAAGGAAGGGACAAUUACACCCAGUCCGAAGCCGCUCCGCUCUUGCAAGAUUGGCGAUCUGUUGGUAGAAGGUAUCAGAAGCAUGCUGGAGCUCAGUCAGCCAUAUCCCGGGGAUGAAGACAUCGACCAAGACUCACCACUCUGGAAGGGGAAACGGUUCCACGUGCGGCAGGCUUGGUGCAAUGAUGAGUACACUGUGGAGGACAACCUCAGUAGGGUGUCACUGAACCUGCCCAAAUACCUUCUCCUGAAUCCCCGUUUCGAGUUGGCGGCGUGGUACGUGGCUCAACUGAGUGAGCGACUGGGUAUCCCGAAAUGA